ACUGCCCUGUCAGAGAACUGAUCCCUUAAUGAAGUGCGAGCAGCUAUCUCAGAAAAACGAAAAUGGGCAAUCACCAUAGCCAGUCUUAUUGCCUCUCAGAAGGCAGUCAACAGCUGCCCAAGGGGAACACCCAACCCUCAGCAGCCGUGCAGCCUCUCAACCACCUGGCAGGGAGUGGAGAGCCAGGGACCCAACAGCCUGCCAAAGAGAAAAGUCAUCACGGUUUUAAUGUGGAUCGAGAUGCCAAGAAACUGAACAAAGCCUGCAAAGGAGUGGGAACAGAUGAAGCAGCCAUCAUUGAAAUCCUAUCAAGCAGGACAUCAGAUGAGAGGCAACAAAUAAAGCAGAAGUACAAGGCAGCAUAUGGCAAGGAUCUAGAGGAGGUGCUCAAGAGUGAGCUGAGUGGAAACUUCGAGAAGACAGCCUUGGCCCUUCUGGACCGGCCCAGCGAGUAUGACGCACGGCGGCUGCAGAAGGCCAUGAAGGGUAUCGGCACGGACGAGGCGGUGCUCAUUGAGGUCCUGUGCACGAGAACCAACAAGGAAAUCAUCGCCAUUAAAGAGACCUACCAAAGGCUAUUUGACAAGAGCCUUGAAUCAGAUGUCAAAGAUGAUACAAGCGGGAGCCUGGAAAAAAUUCUGGUGUUCCUGCUACAGGCUAAUCGUGAUGAAAGCGAUGUCGUGGACAAAGAUCUAGCUGGUCAGGAUGCCAAAGAUCUGUAUGACGCAGGGGAAGGCCGCUGGGGCACUGAUGAGCUUGCCUUCACUGAAGUCCUGGCCAAGAGGAGCUACAAGCAGUUACAAGCCACCUUCCAAGCCUAUAAGACUCUCACGGGCAAAGACAUUGAAGAGGUCAUUGAAGAUGAAACCUCAGGAGAUCUGCAGAAAACCUAUCUGACUCUCGUGAGGUGUGCCCAGGACCGCGAGGGCUAUUUUGCUGACCGUCUGUACAAGUCCAUGAAAGGUGUGGGGACCGAUGAGGAGACACUAAUCCACAUCAUUGUGACCCGCAUGGAGGUGGACCUUCAGAGGAUAAAAGAAAAGUUCCAAGAGAAGUAUCAGAAGUCUCUCGCUGACACGGUUCGCUCGGACACAUCUGGGGACUUCCAGAAACUGCUGGUGGCCCUCUUGCGCUGAAUGAGGCCAGAGCCGUGGAACACAGAGCUCCUUCCAAACCAGAUUGGCAAAGGCAACUCCAGCACAAAAACCCCCAAGAGUCCUAGUUCAUUUUCUUGGCAGCCUGAAUAAUGCAGCAAGGCUAAGCUGUUUAAGUUAAGAGCAUCAGCCUCUAGAAGCUUGGGCACCAGCUUAGCAAGUGUCUGGGCAGCUUAAACUUUCCUUAAUGUGGUAAUGGGUUGCUUUCUAAGCACACGUGAAAUCAGCAGCUGAUGAAGAAACUGCGUUUAUAAGACAUUUAGAAGAAUAUGUUUUGCACACGAUUGUGUAUGUUCUGGGUAAAGAGUGAAUGGUUAAGGAACAGGGAAGACAAAAUUAACCAAUUAAUGAAUUUUCCUUCAGUGUGUUCAAUUUCAAAGCCUCAUUAAUUAAAGUUGUGGAUUAUGGCUCCCUCAGCUGCUUUUCCAAAGACUGGUUUGAUUCGUCUUGGCUCUUGUCCUGGAAAUAGAUAACUGAUCACAUUCAGACAUAUACUGGAAAUGCAAACAGUUACAUUUACUAGUAAUCACCAAGGGUAGUAAUGGAAGUGGACAGAUGGAAACAAUGGAUUUGCCUGUGUAAAAUGUCACUAAAGGUAAAAUUCAUGAACUGCUACCUGGUGUAAUGGUUAUUCUUGCAUUUGACCCACUGGAGUCUUCUUCAACUACAAUUAGGCUGAGCACAGUGCCAAUAGGAUCAAGGUCAAGAGAAUUGGUUCCAAUAGGUUCUCUGUUCCAGGAUGUUUGUUUUAUCACCAUGUGCGGCUGGACGUAGCAGGGUCUGUGAAUAGGAUAGGACAACUUGGUCCAAU